AUCAAUUAUAAUACGGGCACAAGGCGAAGCAUCCAGAGCCGUUGGCAAAAGAAGGAGGGGAAAACCUGGAGCCGGGAUCCAGGAGCCAGAAAACAGGGUCCAGGACAAGGAGAUAACACUAAAAGAAAAAGUUUCAAUUAGCACCCAGAGCCAUGUUGGCAACGACAAGUACAACCACAAUUACCUCGGAUCCGGGCAUUCUCUGUUUUCAUCACUGCAACGUGAAAGUUUUCUGCUUCACUUUGCCGCACACUUGUCCCCAUUGCAAUGCCCCACUGGACGCGGAUGCGGAUAGGGAUGCGGAUGCGGAUACGAAUGCGGAUGCGGAACCAAAUGCGGAACUAGACAGGAGCGGGCCUCGCCUCCUGCCCUUCCGCCUGCCAUACCCUUUUGUGCGGGCCACACAGUAUCCAUGCGCAAUUGUCCUCCGUCCCUCCACCGGCGAUUUCCUUAACGAUUACAGCAACGCCACCGAUUUGCAUAUCGCAGUGACCACGUCCGGCGGCGACAUCGUGGAGUUCGAUCGGUUCGGCCUGCGCCGCCAUCGCCGGGAUGAUAAUCCGCCGGAGUGGCGGCAGUCGCUGAUGGUGGGCGAUGUGCCGGAGCCGUGGCACGACUUCUGGGACGAGGUCCUGCAGCAGAUUUGCGCCCAAACGGCGCGGUGGUCCAUCGCCAGUUACGCGGAGGAGAGCCACAACUGCUACGCCUUCGUCCUGGCCUUCCUGCAGGCCCUGGGUCACGCCCACUUGAGUGAGGCGGCCCGCAGCAAGACGGCCUUCUGUGAACAGUGCAUCGUUCCCAGGACGACGACGGCGGGAAAGUAUAUCUCAUUGUAUCGGAAAAUUCGCAGGAGUGGAAUCUACGUUCAUCGCCAGCAGCCCAAAAAUCGCAGUAAGCCGAAAUCGGCAACUCCAUCAAGUUCCUAUUCCUCUGAUGUCUGCAAUGGUGUUGGCAAUAGCAACAGUAGCAAAAAGGUCUCAAAAAAAGGAUACUCAAGCAGCAGUAUUGCCGGAAUCGCACCCCGCCCACGACCCACACUGUGCACCAUCGAAGAGUGAUUAAAUCGAUAAACAACACAUUUCUAAGAAUAAUUAUGUAAGAACUAAGCUCAAUGUAGUGAAAUUUGAAAUUAAUUGAACAUAAAUAAAAUGUAAAAACUGA